UACACCUCCACAGUCACAUUCUAGAUGACUUUAUUGGCCAAUGGACUUUAUAUGGAGGUGGGACUUGGGAAGAGUCUGGGCUGUUUGCAGCAGAAAGUCAGUGAGAUGGAGCUAACAGCUGAGAGUCACGCCAUUCCUUUAAAUGAUGGCAAUAAAAUACCUUUAAUAGGAUUGGGAACUUAUGGGGAUCCCCGUACGACCCCAAAAGGAACUGCAUAUGAAUCCGUGAAAGUGGCUCUUGAAGCUGGAUAUCGACACAUUGAUGGGGCUUUGAUUUAUCUUAAUGAGCAUGAAGUGGGACAGGCCAUACGGGAGAAAAUUGCAGAUGGGACAGUGAAAAGAGAGGAUAUUUUCUACUGUGGAAAGCUGUGGAAUACUUUCCAUCCACCGGACUUGGUGCGUCCUGCUUUAGAAAGAACUCUGAAGGCGUUGCAGCUCGAUUAUGUUGACUUAUACAUCGUUGAACUACCAAUGGCCUUCAAGCCUGGUGAAACAUUUUACCCCACGCAUGAGGAUGGGAGGUACAUUUACUAUGAGACAGAUCUCUGUGCUACAUGGAAGGCUUUGGAAGCUUGUAAAGAUGCUGGGCUGAUCAAAUCUCUGGGAGUAUCUAACUUCAACAAGCGACAGCUGGAGCUGAUCCUAAACAUGCCUGGACUGAAACAUAAACCUGUUUCAAAUCAGGUUGAAUGCCAUCCCUAUUUCACCCAGCCAAAGCUGCUCGACUUCUGCCGACAGAAAGACAUUGCCAUUGUGGGAUACAGUCCCUUGGGGACAUCCAGAGACGCAUCCUGGGUAAACCUAACAUGUCCGCCAUUAAUGGAAGAUGAGCUGCUUGUAUCCAUUGGCCAAAAGUACAAUAAGACAGCGGCACAGGUAGCCCUGCGAUUCAAUGUCCAGCGAGGAGUGGUGGUCAUUCCCAAGAGUUUCAACCCCAGUCGUAUUAAGGAAAACUUCAAGAUUUUUGACUUCUCCCUUCCCGAGGAUGAGAUGAAAGCAAUUGAGGGGUUAAACAAAGACAUUCGUUUUGUGGAGCUUCUCAUGUGGAGCGAUCAUCCAGAGUACCCUUUCCAUGAUGAUUACUAGAUUGCCAAGAUGUCAAGGCAUUAAAGCUUAUGAAAUGAAUGUAUAUGGGCUAAUUUUUGUCCAGAAGCCUUCCCUCAUUCUCAUUAACAUCAACCUGUUUAUGCAAAAGGGUUCAAUAUCAACUGCCGAGAAAAAAAAUGGUGCCCUCAAUCUAAAAUCAGUUUCUCCGGUGACCUCAACCGACAUGUCCUGCCCUUUGAAAAAGAAGUUGGUUAAUAGGGCCAAAAUAUGUAUUCUAAGCCAAGAGGGCAAACUUCCAAAACAAGUAUUUAAGAAGGAAACAGAAGUGAGAAAAUGUCAUUCUACCAGUUUAGAUCUUCUGUAAAGCCUCAGUUCAGGUGCAGACUUGCGUAUUUGCAGAUCUUUUCAGGGACUUCAAAUGUUGAUACAGAUUAAAUGUAAAUUCAACUGAGCAACCUCUCAGGUAAUGUCCUCUUUAAAUAUACCUUCAUAAACAUUCUUCUGAGUGAGAGAGGAGAGGGAGAACAGACCCCAGGAC